UCCAAUCCAACACAAAUAUUUACCAUUAUUUCUUAACAUGAAGAUGCCCACAACUCAGAUAUUUUAUGCUUUAUGUGGUUUUGUUUUGGGUUGCCUAUGUUCAUCUCUCUGAGACGCCCAGUAAAAUCUCUAUGUUUAUCAUAACGUAUCGAAAUAUACAACUGGUUUACUCUCAGUUAUGGUUCUUUCAAUAUUGUGGCAAAACUUGGAUCAAAUCAUCCAAUUGAUCUGCUGUUGACACUCAUUUUCAAUGCAGAAGCAGAGCACUCUUCAUCCGGAGUACCUAAGAUUUGGCAACGGACUAGUGAAAUCGAUAGAAGCCAGUGCAUUUCCUAGAUGGAUCAGUCGCAAAAAUGAAGUCAGAUUGUCGUUUCUAAGAGCUGAAGCUUCUUCUUCAUCCAUGACUAUAAUAAACAAAAGCUGCACGUGGAGAGCGAAUAGCUUAGGACAGGAGAUCCAAGCGGACUUGAGUGAUGAAGACGAAGAAGAUCUAUGUCCGGUUGAGUGUGUCACUGAGUUCAAGACAGAUGAUGAACUUCUUAGAGUCCUGGAGAAAGCCAAGGAGACUAACACUUUGGUUGUGGUUGAUUUCUAUCGUCCUUCAUGUGGUAGUUGUAAAUACAUAGAGCAGGGGUUCUCAAAGCUCUGCAAGCAAUCUGGUGACCAAGAAGCUCCCGUUAUCUUCCUUAAGCAUAAUGUGAUAGACGAAUAUGAUGAACAAUCUGAAGUCGCUGAAAGGCUCCGUAUAAAGUCGGUUCCUCUCUUCCAUUUCUAUAAAAACGGAGUUCUGUUAGAAGCAUUUGCAACUAGAGACAAGGAGAGGAUUGACGCUUCUAUAGUCAAAUAUACUUCCUCUGAAUCUUCAAGCACAUCGGAGUAAACCCCACAUUUGGUUCUCUCUUUGAAAUCAUAGAUAAUGAUGUAACCGAUAGUGUUAAACAGCAGCAACAUCCUCCCCAAAACUUGUUGUAAAGAUGCCUAAACAGCUCUCAUUCUUCUUGCAAGUAUCAUACUGAAUAAGACAGAUGCAACAUUUUUUUUC